UGGUCGAAACCCUAACCUAGGUCAGUACUAGCAACGAAGGAAAGCGGCGGCGGAGGCGAGACAGAGAGCGGCGGCGGCGGGGAGAAGAGAUGCAGAUGGAUAGCGGGCAGAUCUCGUCCCUGGGCAGGGGAUCCGGGAAACAGCAGUCUGAGAUAUCUAUGCUGAUGGAGGAGAUCCUGUCCCUGCAGAGAGAGCGCCAAGAUCUGGUCGGUUCUCUUACUCCCAGUAUUUGUUGCUGGAGGGAAAGGGUCUCUCCAACACCAACAGAGUGGAUGGUCGCUGGAAGGGGAACCAUGGCCGUGAGCAGAUCCUCCGUCCAGGGCUCGGGCAUUGUCAAACCAGCCUCCAGUAUCCAGUCCGGCUCAGAGCAGGUACAUUUACCCCACGCUGUUAGCGACGUCGAGAAAGAACUGGGGAACUACUUCGAUUUUGUCCUCCAAGACAUAGAGCGCUUGGGCCACCAGAUGCUAUCUACCUCACAUUUUCUUUGGAGUUCCCGUGCCCCAGUCUCCUCGUGCCAGGCCGACGAGCUGGUUAGGACAGCAUCCAAAUUAAUGCAAAUCUCUACGGAUAUCUACGAUGCUGGGGUGGAGAAGAGUAAGGAGGAGGAGAAGAGGCAGAGGCAGAGGCAGAAGCACAAGGAGAAGAGGCAGAGGCAGAAACAGAGGAAGAAGCACAAGGAGGUGGAAGAAGAUACCACCAAGAAGAUGGAAAGGAAGGAGGAGGAGCAAGAGAAGAUGGGAUGGAAGAAGGAGAAUCAGGCUGAACUGGAGGAGAGUAGGAAGAAGGCUGAUUUGAUGCGGUCCCAUGAAUUCUUUCGUCUCUCAUCCAAUGUCAGGGAGAAGCCCAACCAUUACAAAAAUGAGUUGGCGAUGAUGUUUACAGAGGACGACGAGAAGGAGUAUGAGAGGGAGAUGGAGGCAGAGAGGCAGGCGGAGAUGGAGAGGAAGCAGAGGAAGCAGAGGAAGCAGAAGAAGCAGCAGCAGAUUGUUGUGGAGCAGGGCGCUGACCAGAACAGGACAAAAUCCCCAAUGGAGCUUCUCAAAGAGGAUAUGGAUACCGAGCUGCGACUCUUUGCCAGCCACCGUGAGUACUGGGAAGAUACAAACAUCAGCAAGACCGGACAGUGCGGUCGGUUCCAAGAUAACACCACUUUGAGUCCUAUGCAGUUUACACACUACACACCCGGUAUCACCCUGCCCCCUGCUGCUGUCACUGGGACAACCGUGCAGAUCUACUCCUUCAAAAUUACUCGACUGCACAAUGACCUCAAGUGGCCACUCUAUGUCUACGGCGAGGUCGCUGCCCGGGACACCGUGGACCGCAACCGCAACCUUCUCUUCUGUCGGUCAGAGUUUAGGGGCCAAGUACUCACUGAAAAUGACUCUUCCCUAUGCUUGACUGGCCCUUCUCGUGCAAUUGUAGCGGAGGAUCCUGUUGACUUCGAAGUCGAACUAAGAAUUAUUGAGGGUGAUGAUGAGAUCAAAGACAGAGUAUUGAUGAGUCUUAGCAAGCGUUACGACGGUGCAGACCAACCUUUAUGCUUCCAUGGCUCCAUGUGCAACGCAGAGUUGAGCCUUGGGCGACUUGCUGCAACGGUCCAGGCAACUAUCGUGGGGGUUCAUGUUCAUAAAGGGAGGUGGCCUUUUGAAUUCGGAGGCCGAGUUACUUGCUCCUUGUAUUCUGCAGAGGUUGAUGAUCAGUCAUGUGAUGAAGUUGUUUUGCUUGAUUCCGCUGAAAAAAUUCCUGAAGAUGGUUUAGAUGGGUAUAUUUCUCUUUCAAGGAGCGUUGUGUCAGUACAACUGCAAGGACGAUUGAAAGUUAGCAUACAAGCAUACGGGAGAUCUGAACCUCCAGCAGAUGUUGAAUUCCAUCCCCAGGAUUGCAACAUAACUAUGGGUAGUUGUUUUGUCUAUGGCACUAAGGUGGACAUCACAGUUGCUUGGUCCCGACUUGUCCGGGACAAGAUGGAUUUACUAAUUGAGGGUUAUUCUACCCAGGCGUAGUGUGCUGUCUUGCCCAUCUAAUAUGUUUGCUAGUGGUAUGUUAUUUGUAUGUCGGCCAGCUAUGCAAGUAGGAUGAUGUCCCAACUAUUUGUGUAUUGACUCUCUAUUGUUAUCUGAUCUGACUAUAACUUAUUGUACUAUGUUAUUUGUGUAUCGACUUUAUAUUGUGUUA